AUGCCAUAUACAUAUUAUUUCGAAGAUAUGUUUCUUUUCAAAAAAAAAGAACUAGAAGAAAAGGAAAGGGAAAAAAUUGUGAACCGUGGGAAGAAAGUACAUGAAAAAACUACCUUUUCAUCCAGAAUGAAGAAUCGAUCACAUCUGGGAGAAAUAAAUAUUCCCACUGAAACAGCAUCUUGUGAAAUUGGUCUGGAUUCUGCCAUCAUCCUUAGCGUUAUAGAAAGAAGUACAGACACAAAAAAGUCCUUACAAGAAUUUAUUCACGAUCAAAGAGAAAGGUUUAUGCUGGAGUACACCUUAGCAACCCAAAGGAAAACAAUGAUGAAGCUUCAGAAAUGUAUGGAGAUCCAAGAGCAGCAAUUCCUUAAUGCAGAAAAAAGACUUCAAGAAGAUGCCUUUGCUUUUGAAGAAUUUCUCCGAGAAAAUGACCAGAAAUCGGUAGAUGCUUUGAAAAUAGCAGCACAAGAAACCAUUGGCAAACUCCAAAUGGCAUCAGAGUUAAAGAAGGCUAAUUUGGAAAUCCAGGCUGUGAAAAGUGAAAUUAUGAAAACUGAAUUCCUUCUUAACGAGUACAUAAAAUAUGGAUGUUUUUUACUGAAAUUAUCUCCCAAGACUUGGCAAGUCCAGCAAACAUUAAAGAAAAUCAAACCUAAAGACGCUUCUACAGUCCCUAGCCUUCCAAAACUGGUACAAAAACCAUCAAUUGUGAAGAAGUCAAAGUUAGACAAGGACAGUCCAAGGAAAGCUUCAGGAAUAUCCACUACAGAAGAUGAAAGAAAGUCAAAAAAAGUUUCACCUGAAAAAAAGAAACCCGAAUCACCAAAGGCUGCAAGUAUUAGCUCAGAAGACAGUUUGGAUUUUGGUAUUGAUGAAGUAGACUGCGAUUUGGAACCAGAGCUUUACUUCAAAGAACCAGAAGAGUUACUUCAGGUCCUCACCAAGCUGGAGGAGCAGAAUCUUACUUUGGUACAAUAUUCCCAAGAUAUUGAUGAAACUCUAGAAGAUGUAUCAAAAAGAGAAAAAGCUAUACAAGAUAAAGUGAAUAGCAGCAUAGAAGCUCUAUUGGAUCAAAAAGAAAUGCUUAAGAAUAACUGUGCUCGAGAAGAAGAAAAAGCAGCAGAAUUGGAAUUAAGAUCGAGGCUAUUUAGUUUUGGCGAGUUUAAUUCAGAAGUUCAGGAAAAACUAAUUGACUCCCUAAGUAGAAAAGUCAACCAAGUGUACAAGGUCUGCAUUGGAGAAGUGGAUAUGACCAACCUCAGCCCAGUUCAAAAGUUGGUUAAAGUAGAAUCUCGGCUGGUGGAGCUGAGUGACCUGAUUGAUUCUGUUCCUAAAGAAAGCAUCGAUGUCAUCGAAAAAGCGAAACAGAGGGAAAGAAGACAAAAAAUGCGUGAAGAGAAAUUGAGAGAAAAGCAGAAAUCCCAGGAAGAAAAAAUAAGAAUUGCCUUAGAAAGAGCAGUGUCAGAACCAAAGAGAAAGACGGGAAGGAAACUUGUAUAUCGUUCACAACCUAUAACGGAUGUCAAAAAAGAAAUACAUUUUGUGGAUGACACAAAGUCAAAAUUACUGGAGGAUCAGUAUUUUUUUAGUUGA